CUCACGCAAAUCGUUAGGUUAGUGUUAUGCGUCCCUUGCAACGGGGCUAUGGUACUGCAGAGCGCAGGCGGAAGGUUGUGGCAUCACGAUUGACAGUCUUGUUCUAGCUUACACAUCACACAGGCUUUUGUAUCAUGUCCAGAAGGGCUUUGCGCUGUGUUGCUGAUGUAACUAUUCAUGCGGUGUCAGCACCUGGUGUGUGGUUGCCUAGCAAAGAAGAUGUGUACCUUAGCAUAUCAAUGUUUGGGCAGUACCGCAACACAAGGUGCCUCACUUCUGUUUUUCCUCUCAUUAUUCACGAGAAGUUUCGAUUUGAAAAGACAUACUACACCGCUUUGGAUCCUGCAGAAGUGGCAGACUACCUAGAGGAUGAACUAGUCAUUUUUGAGUUGCUUCAGCUGUCUGAAUACACAGAUGGUGCUGUGCGUCUGGCCUCCUUCAGCACCAGCGCUCGCGAAUUUCUGUAUCCCUACCCCUCUCUUGCUCCUGUGUAUUCAUCUACUGAUCGAGAAAUCCUUUUCUCAAGGACAGUUGCUUUUCCUGGCAUUUCCCCCAAGCUAGAAUUUGCUACCAAGACAGUCAUCAAAGAGUCUAUUUCUCCAGAAGAUGAUGCUUUAGAGGAUGCAUUUGAACAGGAAAAGGAAAGAAGGACAUGCAGAAAAACAAGGCGAAGCCCUACAAGACGUUUAAGAAGGUCUGGAUCUUUGUCCCGGGAUUUAGGUGACAUUGACCUGGACAGUACCAUUGACACUCGCCCCCCAUUUGUCGUCCGCAAGCUUGAUAAAAGCCUCAUUGGCCGUGUUCCGGGCAGUGGACAUGAUACUCAUGCCAAGUCCAAACCAAAGAAACCAAAGCGUUCAGUUUCCUAUUCCAUACAUUACCCACCUGACACAUACUGUACUUGCCCCCCAUCUUCACUGAGGUGGUCACCUUAUCAUCUUUAUCACUGUGUGGUGUGCAAGGUCUACGAAAGACUUUUCGGUCGGCCCUAUUGGGGCCAUGCUACAUGCUACUGUCCAUCAAAAAUAUCUCCCUGGUGUUGUAGAGACGAGGUCAUACGUGAGCCACUAAGAGAUCCUUUGCCAGUGUAUAAGUCAAAGUUUGUUUCAUCUGUCAAUGGCGAUGAAGAUGCUGAAGUGGCAGAGCUGACAUCCCGCACCAGAUCAUACUAUCACCCUCGGCCUCGCUCUGCCAGUCCUAUAUUGUAUCGCUCCAGCUUUGAAGAUCGCUAUGGCAGCCGACCAUACUCACCUAACCUGUAUUCACACCUCACUGAUCGUGUAAGCAGAGCCCUUGAACGCUCAGCUCGGCGCCUGGAGAUGCUGGGCCGCCAGUCUCCAAUCUAUCGUCCAUACUCGAGUCUGGGCAGAUACACACCCCGAUAUUCACCCGUUGACAGAGAUCUUCUGGACUUGGAGAUAGCCACCAGCCUAGCGAAGAGUCGGAGCCCAGCAAGUCUUGUCCACCUUGACAAAGGCCAGUACUGGACUCAGAAUGCAGCAGCAGUGAGCGGUUUGUCGCAUCAAGAAGUCUUUAAAAACAAUCUCAAAAAAAUCUACAACCGCCUAUACCGCACUGCUUGCCAGCAAGAUCCCCGGAUGAGGACAUAGAUGUUUAACACUCAGGUCUAAGUUUCUGAAAAAGCCAUCAUAUUUUUUCUCAUAUUCUGUUAGGAUAUAGAAAUUUUUCAAUUGCUCAUUAUCUUUGUUGUUCUUUUUGUAUGGUACUUCAGUAACAUCGUUCAUUUUUCAGAGAAAGAAGAAUUAGAAAGUAUUUUGUGUGCUGUUAUAGUAUCCACAAUCAUCAUCAGAUUUACCUCUACAUUCGAAGUAUGAAUUUCUGUUUUCUUAAAUGUUUAGUCUUUGUAUUGUUGUGCCUUAAUCAAAUCUUGACUGAUCUGUUUUAGAUAGAUUUUUUGAUUUUUUUUAAUCUUAAAACUUGUCAAAAAGGAUUUUAAUUCUUUUGAUACAUAACAUGGUUUAUCAGUUCUAAAAAAUUGAUCAUUCACAAUAUGCUUUAGAAAAAAGCAAGACUUUUUGAGUUAGUUGUAGGAAAGUCUCAGUUACUCUACAUAUAUAUUUGACACCAACACAAAAAAAUUAUUACUUAAAGGGUGAGCAUACCGAAACAUUUUUUUGGCAUGAUGGGGACAUUGCUUGUUUUUGUUUAUAUACAAAGUGGAGAGGCUGGUUUUUAUUGCUUUUUUUGUUUUGUGGGCAAGACUGUUUAGGCUACUAAACUGCUCAUCUUUUUUUAAUGAGAAGUUAGGGAUUUCCUCAUCAAAAUAUUUUAUUUUUAACACAAACCACUAAUAUUUUUUUCUCACACUGCGGAAUAAGAAAACCUUUUAAAUUGUUUUGUCUGUGUUUACAAUUAUAAUUCAGCUUUUGUUAUCACAAUACCUUAGUCUUUUAUUAUACUCUGAAUAAAAUGUUUUAGAGAUAAAGAUUGUGAAACAGUGUGAACAGAAUAAUUCAAAAAAGUACCUUAGACUUCUAGUAGUAUAGUAGUAUUGGUGGGAAUUUUUAGACAUAGUUUUUUGUGGGGUUUUUUUUUGUUGGUGUUGUCUUUUUAUUUAUUCUGUUGUUGUUGUUUUUUGACAAGGACAAAUUUUAAACUCAUUAAGAAGAUAGGACAUCAAAGGCCUUUCUGUGCUUUUCUUCUUUUUGAACAAGUACAUGUUUUUAUACUGUCAUUUAAUAUUUUAAUUUUCAAGUACAUCGAAAUAUUUGUUUAAAAAUCUGUAGUUUAUACUCAGUGUUGCUCACAGAAAUCACUGGAACUUUGAACUACAAUCACUUAUAACAAAAAUUCCAAAUUAUGGUCUGUGAUAUGUUAUGAUAUUCUUUGGUUCCUUGGAAACAUUAUCCAAUAUAUAUUUUUUUUAGAAAAAUAAAGGUUUCUUUCAAAUGAGCUAUACCUUUGAAUAUUAUUUAUACAUAAACAAUAUAUUGAUGUAAGUUUGUGGAAAUAAAUUAUUAUCAAGCAUGAA